AGCGCACGGAAUUCUUUUUUAAAGCCAGAGGAGAAUUUCCCAAAAAAACCAAAUUUUUCAAUCUUGAUCUGAUCUUGAAUCUUUUGAUAUUAAAGCAUUGGCCAAAAAUACCAUUGAUUACUGAGAAGAUUUAGAAAAGUGCUGCUACCAUGGUUCAAUUAUUUGCUGCUAAAGUUAAGAAUGUGUUAAGUGCUGACACACUUGUACUUGUCCCCACAAAAACUGCCCAAUUUCCAGCACCAGAAAGGUUAUUAACUCUCUCGUAUGUUCGUGGACAUGAUAGUUUUGAAACAAGAGAGUUUUUGAGACAGUUGUUGAUUGGUAAGGAAAUCAAGUUUAAGGUUUUAUACAAGAUUCCAGCUAGUGGUAAAGAAUUUGGUGAUGUCCAAGCACCAAUUUUCAAAUCAUUAAUUGAGUACUUGGUUGAACGUGGACUUGUUCAAGUUAAGGAAAACUUGACUGACGACGACGAUAGCACUAAUGAGUUCAUUCAAAACUUGUAUGGUUUGGAAAACAAAGCUAAGUCUCAGUCAAUUGGAAUAUGGGAUGAUUCUAAACCAAAAAUUGAAUUAAUACAAUUUGAUGAUUCGAUUUUAGAGAAAGUCAAACAAAACUCGGUUGGUGCCAUUGUAGAAAAAGUCAUUAGUGGUGAUCGUAUUGUUACACGCUUGUUGCUCAAUAAGUCUCAGCAUUCGUCUACGCCAUUCAUAUUGGCUGGUAUCAAAUGUCCAAGAACCGAUGAUUCUACUAAUGUCAAGAUUGCCCAACAAGCUAAGGUUUACGUUGAAGAAAAAUUGUUAACUACCAAGUCUAAUAUCAAGGUUAAAGUCAUUGGAGAAAACCAAACCGGAUUGCCAAUUGGUAUUAUUGAACAUCCUUCAGGGAAUAAUAUCCAUGAAAAGUUAUUGGAAAACGGGUUUGCAGAAGUUGUUGAUUGGCAAUCUACUUUGGUUGGCUCCACUUAUAUGAGCGGCUUAAGAAGAGCAGAACAAUCUGCCAAGAGUUUGGCUAAAGGAUUAUUUAGUAAUUUUGUUUCAGCACCUGCCCCUUCAACUACAAAAGUUAUCGGUAGUAAAAAUUUAAAACCUGGUUCUUCUAUUAAUAAUGUCACCGUUGCUAAAGUCAUCAAUGCUGACACUUUAAACUUCCGCUUGCCCAAUUCCGAAGAGGAAAUAACUGUUCAAUUGGCCUCGUUACGUGCUCCUCGUCCAAAUGAUUUAACUGUUACUUCAAAUAAAUUACAACAACAAGCUCUUGUUAACACUGCUCGUGAAUUUGUCAGAAAUCAAGUCAUUGGUAAGACUGGCCAAUUAUACAUUGAUGGAUACCGCGAAGCAAAUGCUGACUUAGGACUUGAUUCAAGAUUUUUAGUUAGCUUUAAGUUUGGUAAUCAAGAUUUAUCAGAAUUACUUGUUAAUAACGGUUGGGCAUCAGUUAUUAAACAUAAUAAAGCCACUAGUCAUGAAAGAUCAUUAAAUUGGGAUCGUUUGGUGGAAUUAGAAGAAAAGGCAAAGAACGAUGCUAAAAAGGGAAUUUGGUUCAGUGGAGAUAUUAAUAAGAUAUUAACUGUUGGUACUAGAAUCGUUGAUGCAAGUGAAAAUGCCACCAAGGCUAAGACUUUUUUCAAUUCUUUCAGUAAAAAGGGAAGAAUUGGAGGAUAUUACGUUGAUUUCAUUUCAGGAGUUAAUAGAAUCAAAUUAUUCAAUCCAAAAGAAGGUUCAAGAUUAACUUUAGUUUUAGGAGGUUUAAGUAACGAAAAAUCAAUGGCAAAUGAACAAGGUAUCAAAUUCUUAAAUAAAAAAUUUUUACAAAGACCAAUUGAAUUUGAAAUUUACGAUCUUGAUAAAAUUGGAUCUUUUAUUGGUAAUUUAUAUGCAAAUUCGAAAUCUUUAUUACCUAUUCAAACUUUGUUAUUGGAAAAUGGUUAUAGUUCAAUUCAUGAAAUUGCUGCUAGCAGUAAUAAAUUUUAUGAUGAAUUAGUCAAAUCCGAAGAAUCUGCCAAAGAAUUGAAAAGGGGUGUUUGGUCGAACUACGAUCCAAAGGAAGCAGCUCGUAAACAAGACGAAGAAACCGCUAAUAAACUUCUGAAAUUAUCAAUUGAUUCAAAACCCCAAUUUUUCGAUAUCGAAGUUACUGACAUUGAUACCUCUGGUAUUAUCAGUUACCAUAAGCUAGAUGCGUCCACUGUUAAAAAAUUUUCCGAAUUCAAGAAUGGUUUUGGUCAAUUUCAUUCUCAAUUGCCAAGUGCAAGCUCUAACUCAACUGAUCUUCCAUUCAAUUUGACAAAACCUCCUAAAAAGGGUGAAUUGGUUUCUGCUAAAUUUAGUGAAAACGGUAAAUACUAUCGUGGAAGAGUAGUCAAUUUCGAUAAGUCAGCUAAUGAAUACCAGGUUAAACAUAUCGAUUUUGGUAAUAUAGAUCAAGUCCCUCUUAGCUCUUUAAGAUUAUUACCAAGCCAAUUCAACCUUACCCAAUACCCACCUUUUGCCCAUACCUGUCAAUUACAAAAUAUCAAAUUACCACCAACCAAACCAACAGACUACUUGACGGAAGCCUUGUACACUUUAGAAGAUUUAUCCUUCGAUAAAAAAUUGGUUCUCAGUGCCUUACCUUCGUCUACAAACGGAGUUGACUUUGACGCCGUUCUCUACGACUCAGAACAAUCCUUGAAAAACCCAACUUACACCAUCAACAAACAAUUGGUCUCUGAAGGUUGGGGUAUCGUUGACUCCAAACUAGUCAAAUCUCUGGUCGCUGACUACGUCAAAGAAAUCACCAAUGCUCAACAAACUGCCAAAAAACAACAUUUGGGAUGCUGGGAAUUCGGUGACGUUUCCUUCGAUGAAGACAACGAUGCCUUGAUCUGAUCUACAACGCUAUAUAAAACAAUACAAAGCUACCCAUUAUUGUAAAGCUCAUUAAUCUUUGUAAUUCCGUCUAGUAGUUGAAAAACCCAAUUAUUCUUCGAAGU